AUGGUGUCAGAGGGCGAUGGAGUCAGAGGGCGAUGGAGUCAGAGGGCGAGUCAGAGGGCGAUGGUGUCAGAGGGCGAUGGAGUCAGAGGGCGAUGGAGUCAGAGGGCGAUGGAGUCAGAGGGCGAUGGAGUCAGAGGGCGAUGGAGUCAGAGGGCGAUGGAGUCAGAGGGCGAUAGGGCGAUGGAGUCAGAGGGCGAUGGAGUCAGAGGGCGAUGGAGUCAGAGGGCGAUGGAGUCAGAGGGCGAUGGAGUCAGAGGGCGAUGGUGUCAGAGGGCGAUGGAGUCAGAGGGCGAUGGAGUCAGAGGGCGAUGGAGUCAGAGGGCGAUGGAGUCAGAGGGCGAUGGUGUCAGAGGGCGAUGGAGUCAGAGGGCGAUGGUGUCAGAGGGCGAUGGAGUCAGAGGGCGAUGGAGUCAGAGGGCGAUGGUGUCAGAGGGCGAUGGAGUCAGAGGGCGAUGGAGUCAGAGGGCGAUGGAGUCAGAGGGCGAUGGAGUCAGAGGGCGAUGGAGUCAGAGGGUGAUGGAGUCAGAGGGCGACGGUGUCAGAAGUCAGAGGGUGGUGGAGUCAGAGGGUGAUGGAGUCAGAGGGCGACGGUGUCAGAAGGUGAUGGAGUCAGAGGGCGAUGGAGUCAGAGGGUGGAGUCAGAGGGUGGUGGAGUCAGAGGGUGAUGGAGUCAGAGGGCGAUGGAGUCAGAGGGUGGAGUCAGAGGGUGAUGGAGUCAGAGGGCGACGGUGUCAGAAGGUGAUGGAGUCAGAGGGCGAUGGAGUCAGAGGGUGA